CAGAAAUGAAAGAAUGGAGGGUGACACGUAUUGGUUUGAUAUUCUUGCGUGGAGACUGUUCAUAGUCAACAGUCACGAAACGACAACAUAGGAAAUACAAAGUGGAGCAACUUUGCUCCCUGCGAAAAGCAACGCAAAGAAAAAAGAUAAGAGACAGAAAGAUCAGCCAUUGGAAUUGUAGACCCAGUUCAAAACAAAAAAAAACAAAAAGAAAUUCUGCAAAUUCCUUGAACCUCCGAGAAGGAUUGGUCACUUGGGUUCUUCUUUGAACUUACCGUACACUUCGUUACUUUUCUAUCUGAAACCGUGCACUAUCUUUCUUCUUCAUCUGCUUUGCAAUUCUCUCUUGCCGAUCUUUCCGAGUUAUCAGUUGGAAUCGGAUGCUCAAGGGUUAGGCUUGAAAUUACAAUCUAGAGAGUAGCAUUUAAUACGCUGAUUUUGGAAUUGAAGUAUAGUGCUUGGAGUUUAGAAGCCAAUCUAGCACGGCGAAAAAGUGAUCUAAUACAAUCAAGUGUGGACUUGGAUUCCAUUUGAUUGUUGAACCCAAAAAAGAGAUCAGUUGGGGGUUGGUCUUUGUGGAUUCUUUAGCCAUGGGGGAUUGUGGCUUUGUGAUUCCAGAAUCGGAGAGAGAUGAAGACUUGAUUGCUGCAGCAAAACACAUAGCAACGGCAUUGGGAUCAAAAAAGAACCUUACAGAUGAUGCCAAGAAAAUUUUGGCAGACCUUAGUGCCCAAUUGUCUAGCAUAACCACAGUCAACGAAAACAAGGUUGAGGCAGCAAGUGAGAUCGAGGAACGGUUAAAUGUUAUUGAGGAGAAGAUUAUGAGUUGGGAGACAGAUCAGUCUAUGAUAUGGGAUUCCGGUCUUGAUGAAGCAACUCAGUAUCUAAAUGCCACUGAAGAAGCCAGACAGUUGGCUGAAAGGUUGGAGACUUUGUCUUUGAAUAAAGAUGAUGGAGAAAAGGAGCUGUUGAGGAGGGCACAUGAUAUUCUUCAAAUGGCAAUGGCAAGGCUUGAGGAAGAGUUCAAGCAUAUCCUUGUUCAAAGCAGGCAACCUUUUGAGCCAGAGCACGUGUCUUUCCGUUCAAGUGAAGAGGAUGCUACAGAUCUGGGCUCUGUAAUCUCUCUUGGGGAUGACUCGGUUGAGGAAUCAGUUAAUAGAGAUAGCAUCAGCAGAGCUUCAGAGGAAUUCAUCAUUGAUUUGGUUAAUCCAGAAGUAAUUUCUGACCUCAGAAAUAUUGCAAAUUUAAUGCUCAUCUCCGGUUAUGGUCAUGAAUGUUCCCAGGCAUAUAUUAGUGUUAGAAGAGAUGCCUUGGAUGAAUGUCUCUUUAUCCUUGAAAUGGAGAAACUGAGCAUUGAGGAUGUGCUGAAAUUGGAGUGGGGCAGCUUGAAUUCCAGGAUCAAGAGAUGGGUUAGGGCUAUGAAGAUCUUUGUGCGGGUCUAUCUUGCUAGCGAGAAAUGGCUCACUGAACAAAUUUUUGGAGAGCUUGGAACAGUUAAUUUGGUUUGUUUUUCUGAGGCUUCAAAAGCUUCAAUGUUGCAGCUAUUAAAUUUUGGCGAAGCCAUUUCUAUUGAUCCCCACAAACCAGAGAAAUUGUUUCCUAUUCUUGAUAUGUACGAGGUUCUUGCAGAUCUUCUUCCAGAUAUAGAUUCUUUAUACUCUGAUGAGUCUGGUUUUUGUGUUAGAACCGACUGUUGUGAGGUUCUAAGGAGAUUAGGGGACUCUGCGAAGGCAGCAUUUCUUGAGUUUGAGAAUGCCAUUGCAACAAGUGUGUCUCCGAAUCCUUUUGCAGGCGGUGGAAUUCAUCAUCUCACUAGGUAUGUCAUGAAUUAUAUCAACACUCUUACUGACUACCGUGAGACCCUCAAUUUGCUUCUCAUGGAUCGUGAUGGAGAGGAUCCCAUUACCUCGUCCCCUGACACGAGUCCGCCUACAGAAGAAGAGAACACAAGUGGAAUUACAUAUAAUGCUUCCCCAAUGGCUCUCCACUUCCGAUCAGUUACAUCUAUUCUAGAAUGCAACCUGGAUGAAAAGGCCAAGUUAUACAGAGAUCCUUCCUUGCAGCAUAUUUUCUUGAUGAACAACAUACAUUACAUGGCUCAGAAGGUUAAGAAUUCGGAACUUAGGCACAUAGUUGGGGAUGACUGGAUACGAAAACGCAACUGGAAAUUCCAACAGCAUGCAAUGAACUACGUGAGAGCUACUUGGAGUUCCGUCCUGUCUUUGUUGAAGGAUGAGGGAAAUUCCAGUUCUGAUUCUGUUCCAAAAACCCUUCUCAAGGAGAGGUUUCGGAGCUUUUAUCUUGCUUUUGAGGAGGUUUACAGGACUCAAACAGCAUGGAUCAUUCCUGAUGCUGAGCUUCGGGAAGAUUUGCGAAUUUCAACAUCUCUGAAGGUGAUUCAGGCCUAUCGAACAUUUGUUGGAAGGCAUACAAAUCACAUAAGCGACAAGCACAUCAAGUACAGUGCUGAUGACUUACAAAAUUAUUUGUUGGAUCUCUUUGAGGGAUCUCAAAAAUCAUUGCACAAUCCCCACAGGAGAUGAUUUAAGAAUAGAUUAUAUUUAUUUUUGGAAUGUAAUGAGUUAAGGCUUUCGGCUUUAUGUCCUCUGCUAAUGUAAAUCUUAUUUUCUCCUCGUCUGCUCUUGUAAGUUCUAUUUGAUCAAUAACCCAAUGUUUCUAUGCCA